CAGUUAUGUCCACAUCGCAGACAUGCUGACUCCACUGCAGACUGUCUUGUGCGCAUUGCUUACAUCAGUGGUCCCCAACCACUGGGUUGGUACCGGUCCGUAGAUCGAUUGGUACCGGGCCGAACAAGAAAUAAAAAAUAAAUAAAUUUUAUUUAUUUUUUAUUAAAUCAACAUAAAAAACACUUACAAUUAGUGCACCAAUCCAAAAAAAACCUCUCUCCCUCAUUCACACUCAUUCGCACAAAAGGGUUGUUUCUUUCUGUUAUUAAUAUUUCUGGUUCCUACAUUAUAUAUCAAUAUAGAUCAAUACAGUCUGCAGGGAUACAGGCCGUAAGCACACAUGUUUGUAUUUUAUUAUGCUUUUUUAAGCCAGUGGUUGAGGACCACUGGCUUACAUCAUCACAACAUCCUGUUCCGGCAGCACUCAUACGGUUGUCAGUCUUUUUUCGGCCGAUUUUUUUGUACAUCACUAGUCAAUAGUGCGCUAAUAAUAGGCUAUACAUAUAUCCAUUCUAAGGCUGAAACGACGCGUCGACGUAGUCGACGUCAUCGGUUACGUAAAUACGUCGACGUCAUUUUUGUGCGUCGGCGCGUCGCAUAUUUACGUCACACCACUGUCAUGGCGGAGCGCAGAGCAAACGAUGCGAGCGAGGGGAAAAAACACGCCAAAAGUCGUCAAAAGUGUGGGAGUAUUUUAAUAAACGGCCUAAUAAUGUUGUUUUAUGCACACUGUGUCGAGCGGAAAUGGCGUAUCACAGCAGCACAACGGCUAUGAACGAGCAUCUAAAAAGAAAACAUCCGACAGCGUUCUUCCCAUCACCAUCAACGAGUCAAUCAUCCGCCAAACGACAAAGCAGUGUCCAGGAUUUUUUUCCAAAGAGGCAUGGGACUGAAUGCACACCCCAAGUGGCCGCUGACCUGACUGAUGGUGUCCUGGAAAUGAUGGUCAUAGACAUGAGGCCAUUAAAUAUGGUAGAAGGGGAAGGGUUUCAAAAAAUGAUCAAACGGUUUCACUCUGGCUACACACUACCAUCAAGAACCCACUUCACUAAGCUUAUGGAGCAAAAAUACACAAAGAAAAUGAAUGAAGUCAAAGCAAUCCUGAAAAAUGUGAAAGGAAAACUGACACUCACAACUGAUGCAUGGACAAGUAUGGCCACUGAAGCUUACCUUGGUGUCACCAUUCACUUUGUUAAUGAUGAGUGGGAGCUUACCUCAAUUAACUUGACAACAAUGCCCCUCAAUGAAAAGCACACUGCAGAAAACAUUGCCUCUUGGAUUGAGGAUGUUGUCAAUAAGUUUGAAAUAAACAUAAAACUAGUACAAGUCAUUGUACAUGACAAUGCUGCAAAUGUUGCAGCUUUAAGAGUUCUUGAGGAAAGACAUGGUGUUUCAUCCCUCAGAUGUGUUGGCCAUACUCUACAGCUUGUAGUUAACCAUGCUCUAAAGGACAACCACAUCAGCAGAGCUUUAGGAGCAGCAAGAAGUUUGGUCGAGCACUUCAGAAAAAGUGAGCUAUCCAGUACAAAACUAAAGGUUAAGCAAAAACAAAUGGGUUCUCCAGACCACAGCCUCAUACAAGAUGUGUCUGUGAGAUGGAACAGUUCCUUUUACAUGAUUAGUCGCCUGCUUGAGCAGAGGUGGCCAAUAACAGCAACUCUGUCAGAUCCGGAGGUCACUCAAAGAGGGAAGCAUUUUCUGGAUCUUAAGGCUGACCAGUGGAGCUUGCUUGAAGAACUUGAACAAGUUCUGAAACCUUUUGAAUGUGCAACUGUGUACCUGAGUGGAGAAUCUUAUGUAACAGUUUCCGCUGUCCCUCUGCUGGUCAAAGGGCUUCGGAAGGCUACACAAACUGCUUUUGAAAAUGCAUCAAUCAAGUGUUUCCAGGUCACUGCUGCACGUGAGAUAACAUCCAGGUGGGAAGCCGAGACCACAUUCAAAGAUGAUGGACCAAAUGUGUGCAUAUUAGCAGCUGCACUUGACCCACGAUUCAGGAAGCUGAAAUUCCUGACUGCAGAUGAGUGUUUAAAAGUUCAAUACAAGCUGCAUGCAAUAGUUCUGGAGGAGAAAAGAAGGGAAAAGGAGACACACGCUCAACAGGGCACAGCAAUGCAAGUGGAAAGACCAGAUGCUGACAGGCGGCCUGUAUCUUUACUAGACACACUUCUUGGCUCAGAUUCAGAUGAACUCAGCAACAAUGAGGAAGACAACAAUGACAGUAAUGAUGCUGAAAUGGUCAGAAACGAGUUAGUGUCUUAUUUUGGAGAAUCCCCCAUUUCCAAGGAUGAAAACCCAUUAAAAUGGUGGAAAGAACAUCAGGCAAGGUUUCCAAAUCUGGCAAUGCUGGCUCGGUCUUACCUCUCAGUUCCAGCCACAUCGACCCCUUCUGAGCACCUAUUUUCAGCUGCUGGGAAUAUUGUAAACAAGAAAAGAACCAGCCUCACCCCAGAGCAUGUAGACAUGCUAACCUUUCUUCAUUACAACUGUUAGUCACUCACUGGAAUGAGUAGAAUUGGUUAUAGUGUACUGUGUUGGACUGGAUGUUUAUUUUGCACAUUUUAAAAGCAAUACUUAAUGUUUACAGUGCUCCAGAAUAUUUAGAUUGGCACAAAUGUUUACAGUGUUACAGAAUGUUUUGCCAUGUUUUCAAUGUUGACUGAGUGGCCAUACUUUUUUUUUUGGGAAAUAAAAGCCAUGCCUUUUGAAAAAACUGGCCUAA